AUGAUGGACUUGGUGAAAAGACUUCAACGGAGUAACGGAAAAUUGCAAGUGCUCAAAGAAACAUGGGACAAUAAUAUCGACAGGAAUCAAUUGUUUGAGAGGCAAUGCAUGGAUAAAAUGAUAUGUAACAGUCUCUUUUUGAUCAGAUGCAAUCAAUACAGUUUUUCAAAGGACCUUGAACUAGAGGAAAAGGAAAAGAAGAAGGAAAAGGUAAAAUAUUUUGAGAAUGAUGAAGAUGCAGAGAGUAGUACUAGUAGUGAUGAUGAUGAUGAUGAAAAGAGUGAUGAGGAAGGUAGUGAAGCAGAAGAGGAGGAAGAGAGUAAAAAAGAAGAUGAAAACGAGGAAACGAGUGAAGAAGAAGAGGAGGAAGACAGUGAAGAAGAGGAGAACGACAAAGCGGAAACGAGCGAAGAAGAGAAGUUAGAUAAUAAGGAGGGGAAACAUAAGGAAGUAGAUGAAGAAAAAGAUGGGCAGGAUGACGAAAAGAUGGAAGAAGAAGAAGUAAAAGAGUUAGAGGAGAAUGAGGAAAGUAGUGAUGAAGAAGAGCAAGAGGAUGAGAGUGAGGAUGAAGAACCAGAAGAGAAAAAUGAAGCCAAUCAAGGAGAGGCAUCGACAUGCAUCAAUGACACCAAAGAGUUGAAGCCCUCGACAGAACCUGCACUUAAGAUUAAUCAUUUCAGCCAUCAUCAUUCAUUGAACAUUUUCCAGUUAACCAAAAAGUUCAAAGGUAACUGCAAUGCCUGUGGCCAAGAGCUACUUGGUACAGUCUACAUAUGCAAAACCUGUGAAUCUCCUUUCCACUAUGGAUUACAUAAAGCAUGCGCUGAGUUACCCCCUGAGCUGCAACACCCUCUUCACCCCCAACAUUCUCUAACCCUCUUACAUGAGUUCCCUCAUUCAGAAACCUCAUGGUUUUUAUGUGAUGAAUGUAGAGAAUUUUCUGCUGGUUUUGUUUACCUCUGCUUGGAUUGUCAGUUCAAGCUCGAUGUAAAAUGCGCAGUUUUAGCUGCUCCAGAAAUUGGGAGCCAAGAUCCAAAAAGUAGGAAGAAAGAAACCAAGUUACUCCAUUUCAGCCAUAACCAUAUUCUGGUCCUUGGCAAUCUUGUGCAUAGAUCAUUAUCAUGCCUCGGCUGUGAUUUACCAAUCUUUGGCCCAUCCUAUUGUUGCCUUGAUUGCCUUUAUACUCUUCAUGAAUCUUGCCUUAGAACAUUACCACAGCAGAUACAACACCCAUUUCAUCUGCCACAUCAUUUGGUUGCCUUCCCUGAAUACUCUCGAGAGAGCAAGUGUCAUGCCUGCAAAAUGGAUUUCCAAUUGGGUUUCCCAGUACGCGAUUUCAUCAGAUAUGGAUGUUUGCAGUGUGAACUUGACUUCCACUUUGUUUGUGUCAAUUCCCUUCGGAGAGCCUUGAAAUCUAAUUCCCACACGCACAAUCUUUACUACUUAGGAACAGACAACCAAAUGUUCUUAGAAAAAUUUGGACAACUCCAUAAAUUUAACUUCAUGUGUAGUGCAUGCAGUGAAAUGUGUAAUGGUCGAGCAUUCUAUCGUUGUGUGGAGUGUGCGAUCAAUUUCCAUUUGAAAUGUGUCCCUGUACCACAAAAGAUCAAAUCUAAAUGUCACCUCCAUCAUCUUACCCUCAAAGACUCCUUUGUUGAAGACGACACAGGAGAGUACUAUUGCGAUGUUUGUGAAGAGGAAAGACAUCCAGUAGAUCAUGUCUAUUGUUGUGUGGAAUGUCAUGGCCACUUUGUCGCUCACAUUGAAUGCGUGCUUCCAUUGGUAAGUUCAUCAUGUUCAUCUAUGGCUCUUUUAUAAUUAAUCUG